CCAUCAGCUGCCGUCAGACAGAAUCGACUACGCUCUCACGGAAGAUGCAAAAGAAAAAGGACCCGCUGCUUGCAGAGUGUCAACCCCUCUGUGAAGAUGAGACCAUGGUUCCGGUUCUGACUUCAAAAAAAGCCAGUGAACUACCCGUGAACGAGAUUGCCUGUACACUGCAGGCUGACCUGCAGUUUGGUCUCACCCAGGAGGAGGUUGCACGACGGCGUGCUUACCAUGGAUGGAAUGAGUUUGACAUCAGUGAAGAUGAACCACUCUGGAAAAAAUACAUCUCGCAGUUUAAAGACCCUCUCAUCUUGUUGCUGCUGGCUUCUGCUGUCAUCAGUGUGUUGAUGCGACAGUUUGAUGAUGCCGUCAGUAUCACUGUGGCCAUUAUCAUUGUUGUUACAGUUGCCUUUGUACAGGAAUACCGCUCAGAAAAAUCUCUGGAGGAGCUGGGGAAACUUGUGCCUCCAGAAUGCCACUGUGUUCGAGAAGGACGUCUGGAACACCUACUGGCACGAGAGCUUGUUCCUGGAGACACAGUCUGUCUGUCAGUUGGAGAGAGAGUCCCAGCUGACCUGCGCUUGUUUGAGGCGCUGGAUCUGACGGUUGACGAGUCCAGUCUGACAGGAGAGACCACCCCUUGUACCAAGACUUCCGCCCCACAGCCGGCUGCCACCAAUGGCGACAUCACAUCCCGAAGUAAUGUUGCCUUCAUGGGUACACUGGUGCGCUGUGGAAAAGCCAAGGGCAUUGUCAUAGGUACUGGAGAAAACUCUGAAUUUGGUGAGGUUUUUAAGAUGAUGCAAGCAGAGGAGGCUCCCAAAACCCCCUUGCAGAAAAGCAUGGAUUUGCUGGGAAAACAAAUCUCCCUCUAUUCAUUUGGGAUUAUCGGGGUGAUCAUGAUAGUUGGAUGGCUUCAGGGAAAGAACAUAUUAGACAUGUUCACCAUAGGUGUCAGCUUGGCCGUGGCAGCUAUCCCAGAGGGCCUCCCCAUCGUGGUGACUGUCACUCUGGCCCUGGGAGUGAUGAGGAUGGUGAAGAAACGGGCGAUCGUCAAGAAGCUGCCCAUAGUGGAGACACUGGGCUGCUGUAAUGUCAUCUGCUCAGACAAGACAGGCACACUCACUAAGAAUGAGAUGACAGUCACUCACCUGUUCACCUCUGAUGGACUGCAUGCUGAGGUCACCGGUGUCGGGUACAACAAUGCCGGCGAGGUUUUGCUGGACGGUGAGGUGGUGCAUGGCUUCUCCAACACUUCUGUCAGCAAGAUUGUGGAGGCUGGCUGUGUGUGCAAUGAUGCAGUUAUCAGGAACAACACCCUGAUGGGACGGCCCACCGAGGGCGCCCUGAUUUCCCUGGCUAUGAAGAUGGGUUUGCAGGAUCUACAGCAGGAGUUUGUGCGAUUGGAAGAGAUUCCUUUCUCCUCGGAGCAGAAAUGGAUGGCAGUCCGCGUCGUCCAUCGCACUCAGCAGAACAAACCUGGUGUGUUCUAUGUGAAGGGUGCUUAUGAGCAGGUCAUUCGCUUCUGUACUUCCUACAACACUAAGGGAGUCAGUCUGCCUCUGACCAAUCAGCAGAGAGAACUCUACCAUCAACAGAAGAGCUACAUGGGUACUGCGGGUCUCAGAGUGUUGGCGUUUGCCUCUGGAUCUGAGAUGGGGGCUCUCACCUUCCUGGGGCUGGUAGGAAUCAUUGACCCUCCAAGAGCAGGAGUAAAAGACGCCGUGGCGACUCUGAUCAGUUCUGGUGUGGCAGUGAAAAUGAUCACAGGCGAUUCUCAAGAGACUGCAAUAUCAAUUGCAAGUCGACUAGGCCUCUACACCAAAGGUUCCCAAUCUCUGUCUGGAGAUGAAGUCGACCAGAUGGACCUCCAGCAGCUCUCUCAGAUGGUGCCCAGGAUAGUGGUAUUCUACAGAGCCAGCCCAAGACACAAGUUAAAGAUAGUUAAGUCCUUACAGAAUAUCGGUGCAGUUGUUGCCAUGACAGGAGAUGGUGUUAACGAUGCAGUGGCACUGAAGGCAGCGGACAUCGGCGUGGCUAUGGGUCAGACCGGCACUGAUGUCUGCAAGGAGGCAGCAGACAUGAUCUUGGUGGAUGACGAUUUUCAAACCAUCAUGUCUGCCAUUGAAGAGGGAAAAGGGAUUUACAACAACAUUAAGAACUUUGUGCGCUUUCAGCUGAGCACGAGCAUUGCUGCUCUCACCCUCAUCUCCCUGGCAACGCUUAUGAACUUCCCCAACCCUCUGAAUGCCAUGCAAAUCCUCUGGAUAAACAUCAUCAUGGAUGGGCCGCCAGCUCAGAGUUUGGGUGUGGAGCCUGUCGAUCAGGAUGUUAUCAGGAAACCCCCGCGGAAUGUACGAGACAGCAUCAUCACACGCAGUCUGAUAGUGAAAGUCCUUGUGUCGUCCUUUAUUAUCGUGUGCGGAACUUUGUUUGUGUUCUGGAGAGAGCUGCAGGACAAUGAGAUCACACCACGGGACACCACCAUGACGUUUACCUGUUUUGUGUUCUUCGAUAUGUUCAACGCUCUCAGCUCCAGAUCACAGACGCGGAUGGUGCAUGAAAUGGGCUUAUGCAGCAACAGGAUGUUCUGCUACGCUGUGCUGGGCUCCAUCAUGGGCCAACUCCUGGUCAUCUACUUCCCUCCUCUACAGAAGGUGUUUCAAACCGAGAGCCUCAGCAUUUUAGAUCUGCUGUUCUUGGUGGGCCUCACGUCCUCUGUGUGCGUGGUGUCUGAGGUUAUAAAGAAACUGGAGAGACUCAAAGGUGGAGGGAAAACUACAGACAAUGAUGAUUUCCAUGACGUAUGACACAUUUUGUCACAUGCAGAGCGUGUUGGGUGGGGCUUGGAGGAGGGGUGUGUGGUUUGGAAUGUCGUCUGGGCUGGUCACAUACCAUACGUUACAAAUAGGAGUGAACUAACAAGUCUGACCUGUAUGUAAAGAUCCUUUUUAAAGGUGUUGACCCGCAAAAAUGGAGCCGAUUAAGAAUGCUCUGGCCCGUACCCGUGGAGAUGCUUUUGUGUGCUGCUCUAUGACUGUACUACUACACAUGGCAUCUGGACAAACUUUAUUUAUAUGAUACUGUAUAUGUCCAUACAGUGGCUGUCUUGGUUUCAUGAUUUAAGGGAUGUAUUAUGUUUUUUUUUUAAUAUUAUUUUAAUUAUUAUUAUUAUAAAAAUUAUUUGGUCUCAUUUAAAUCUCUUUUUGAGCAUCUCUGGUUAUAGGUUUGUGGAACAAUAGGGAUAAUGCCUUUUUGCAUUCCAGAUUACAAAUUACGCUUGAAGAAUAAUUUUAUUUUCUUUGCUUUAGAGAAUGCUGUAAGUCUGUGUUUCUGAUGGUUAUUCCAGUGUACGAUUUAACAGACCACUUAAAAUCAUGUUUUAGGUCACCCUAAGACUUUUGUGGUGAUAUCAGGUUAUGUACACUGACAUUAACAACUGAAUAAGCAUCAUUUUACAACCAUGGUAUACUCAUUUUAUAGCACCAUGAAACAGCCAGUCUGUAGAGACUGAAAUAUAGAAAUACACUGCAAAGGUCUA